UCUUUUACGUAGGACUUUUUGAAAGGGGGAGAAGAAAGAAUCAGUAUCGUUGUCGAUAGAGCUCGUCUCUCUCUUGUAAGUGCAAAACGAAAUGUGAAUCCAAUGGCGAGAAAACUCGAAAUACGUUCGCAUUUGAAAGUGUAAAGUGGAAAACGUUGUAUACGAGAAAGUGUAUCUAGCGAUAUUUACACUCCAUGGGCGAAAUCCGUUAUUGUUCGAUAUUUGUCAUUGCAAAAGAGGCAAGGAAAAUUUGACUAAGAAACACACUGAAAUUGAUCAAGAAGAUGAAAUCAUACCUCAUCCUUUUCUUUUAUCUCUGUUCAUCGACUAUAAUCGGAGCGUCAACUGCAAACGUAGAUUGCAAUUAUCAUCUGACCGCUCCAAAAGGAAUCAUAGAGACACCAAAUUUUCCUAAAGCCUUUCCAGUUCCGAUAACGUGUCGAUGGGUGAUCGAUGUUUCUGACAUAACUUCGACGAAUAGUUCGAUAGUCGUUUAUAUGACGCAGCUUUAUGUUUAUAAAGGUCUCAAACUGACCGAGUACGCGUAUUACGAGUCAGAGACGACGAAUUAUGGCGCGAGUUUGGUGCAAGAAAUAACGGAGGGCAAUGUUUUCGUGCAUCGUUGGUUCAGAACUUUUCGCCCAUUUCUCGUCUUAGAAUUCGAGCUUGAUCGACUCGAAGGAAAUCAUGUGCGUGUCUUGGACGAUCUUCUGGACGUAUAUGGUUUCAACGUUACAUACCAAAUGACCGAGGAAGAACCAAAUCCAAAUGCUUGUUCCGUUAGCGAAUGUUCUUUCACUGGAAAUUGUCUUUUAUCUGCAGAUUAUACAACUUUUACAUGCGAAUGCUUUUCUGGCUUUAAUGGAGAAAAAUGUGACGAAGGACCGCUCUGUUUUGACGAGCAACAAAACUCUAUUUGUCAAAAUGGUGGCAACUGCAAACAUCUCGGAGCGAAAGCAGUACGCUGCGAUUGUCCUUCUGGCUACGUUGGACGAAAUUGUGAAAUUCAACUUCUGGAAACUAUGAAUACAGAAUGCGGGGGUGAACAUUGCAUAUUACAAUGUCCUUAUCACGAAGAGGAGCAACGACCGUGUGCUUGCAAAAAUGGAACGAAAAUAUACAACAAUCGAUCGAGAUACGAAUGCAGAAUAAAACUAUCAAAUAUUACCUCUCUUCGCACAGGAUCGAUAGCUCAACAUGGAAGUUUGGAAUCUUUUCUUGCAAAACAGCUGACCAAGUAUUUGAAGAAUUCAAAUAUAUCUUCCAUGGAGGACUUAAAGAUCCUAAGCGUGACGCCAACGUCGGAGAUAACUUUUCAAUUUUUUGGCAAUUCGGACGAUGGCGACAAAAUUCGAGAAUCGCUAAAUCGUCUGGUCCAACGACGCCGUCUCAGCGAGAUAGCUCUCGAAUCUACGCACUUUACGUUUCAACAAAAGCCCGCGCUCAGAUUGCAGAUUUUACGUUUGGAUCGAUCGAACGAGCACGAGGUUCAUCUAGGCGAUGAAAUUAGUCUUCAUUGCGUCGCCCAGGGAAGUUAUGGUAUUCGUUUCAUCUGGUACAAAGAUAAUAUGCUGGUAAACGUGAGCAAAGCAAACAGAGGAAUUCGAUACGAAGAUCUCCCUAACGACGGAUUGGAUAUGCACGCGUCGAUAUUAAAAAUCGAUAAGGCGACCAUAUUGGACGCCGGCCAAUAUACGUGCCAAGCUAUCGAUCGGGGCGUACAACAAUGUAAAAGUCUUUACGUACAAGUGAAAAAUGAACCGGAUGUCAAAAUUACCCCGAUGAGUACUACCGUAGAAAAGGGUAGCAAUAUACAACUUACGUGCACGACGCCCAAUAUGCAUAGCACAGGUAUAGGAUUUGGUUGGACGAAGAAUCGAGCGUUACUUAAGUUGGAACCAGGGAGUGAAAUUUGGGAGGAUCUUUAUCCAGACGGUAGCAUAUUAAAGAUUACAAAUGUACAGAAAUCGGCGAUAUACACGUGCAACGUGGCACACCGAUCGAUGUCCGUGCGAGUAGAAUUAACGAAUCGAACUUUGGUACCAACGUGCUCUAAAGAAAAAUCUUGGGCCCUUCAAUGGCCUGACACAGCACCUGGCUCGGAAGCUUUGCUCGAAUGUCCACGACGUUUCGUCGGUCCUAAAGUAUCGAGACUUUGUUCGAUGAAGGAUGCGACCACUCCAGAGUGGUUGAUGCCAGAUUUUUCCAAUUGUCUCUACGAGCCAUUGCUUCGUCCUUACGAUAGAUUUCGAAGCUUGACACUGGGCUAUCAAAACACAACAGGCUCGGAAACGAUCCUUGCUUUUUGGAACGUAUUACGAUCACGCGAAUUGUCGCUCUAUCCGAACGAAGCUGAUCGUAUCUUAAGCAUACUCGUUGAAAUCGAACGUUACCAACGUACCAUCGAUCCAUCCGAUUUGCAUCGCUCUGCCGAAGCUCUGACGCGUAUCGUGAAUCGCAUAUUGAACGAGAAAAAUUCCAUUUUAAGUCCGCAAAGAUUAUGGAUAUUACUGCAAAUAGCCGAAAAGAAUCUAAUGCACUGGUCGAAGAAGUUGAAUCAAGGCUGCGUUCAUUUGUCUCUGUCGUCAAUGGUCGUCGAUAUUCAACCCUUGCAAUCUCAAAACAGUGACAGCAUCAUGCACUCCCUUCAAAUCCCAACAAACGAUUACAUUUAUCCCGAUUGGUACAACGACAAUAUUGCUAUACGUCUAUGGAAGAAAAGAUUCAGAGAUGGCAAAAGCAAUAGUACGUACAAAGGAAUCGUAAUUGUUUAUAAGAACGUUUCUAGCUUCCUUCCAAACGUAUACGUCAAAGAGCUUGACGACGGUACAGACCUAGAGUAUUGGAUUAAUUCGCAUGCGAUUACUGUAACCGUGCCUUCCUUCAAAUCUGACAAACACAAUAAAAUUUUGGUCGAUCUGCAGAUGAAACAAUUACGGAAUCAUUCUGGCUCUUGGAACGUUUCCUGCGGCCUUAUGGAUUACUCAGGCUCUUGGAAUCUUAAUGGUUGCACAGCAAACACAUUUCCAGGGGAUGGUAUGACUUAUUGUUCGUGUCCUAAUACCGGUACCGUCGCUCUUUUCUUAACUGCUAGGGCCGUAAGGGUGGUAUUAGCAAAGAAGGAACAAACAACUUUUAUCGUGACACUUGGCUGUGGAAGUUGUCUGGUUCAAUGCUCGUUAUCGUUGUUAAUUCUUGGCGUAUAUUGGUGGAAAAAUCGGAGUUGGUUAAAUUUUUUGAAAGUACAGUGCUGCGGUGCCCUGAUCGGCGCAAUGGCUCUCUUCAUUUAUGCUAUACGCGGUAACCUCUCUGAUAGAAACUACUCUCUCGUUGCAAUAGGAUUAGAAGCAUUUCUUCUCGUUGGCAUGUCGACUCCUAUAUCCGAGGCUCUCAUAAUAUAUUCUCAACUUGUUCAUAUACGAUCGAAUCAACAUUUUCAACCAACGGUCAUCGCUGUUAUUACAGGGGUACCGAUUUUGGCUGUAAUGGCCACCGAGCUUACUCACAAAAGUACCGGUUGGAGACACGAAUCUUGGUGGUUGAUUUAUGGGAGUGGAGUAUAUAAUAUAUUUGUAACAUGUGCGACCGUGAUGUUUUUCGUAUUUAUGAUACUCUAUAUGGGGGUCCUUCAUAAAGCUCACGCGCUCAUUGAGGAAAAUGUUAUGAAGAAAGAAACGAUAGAGUCCAGAACGCGAUUAUUGCAUCGUGCCGCUGUUAUUAUAUGCGGCAUUAUUGCCACGGAAGCGUCUUCAAUUUUCUACAUUAAUUCAAGCUCGAUAAUUUAUCAUUACGUCUUCGCAUCGCUAUCUUCCGUUCUAGGUUUCUUCAUAAUAAUAGCAUACGUUGUUAGCAACGAGAUCAAUUUACUUAGACCAGUAUUGCGGAAACUUAAAUGGAGAUUGGAAACGAGCAACGAACGAAUUUCAGAGCCGAUUAAAGUAUGUUCAAAAAUCGAGGCAGAAAUGCAAAACGAUGCCAUACCACCACCUCCAUCGUCCAUCUUGGCCGAACCCUACAUAGAAACUCGAGGAAUAGCAGCUGGUAGCAUAGACAUGCGAGAAUUUACUACCGAGACUUCUUCUUAUUCGAAAUCUUCGACUUCCGUUGCUGGCAGGUACUUGCCUGAGAUUCGAAUCGAUCGACCGGACGACAUCAAUCUCGAAAACUAUAAUACUAGUCCGCGAAAGUAUCAGGAAGCAUUCGAUACCGCUUUUGCUAAGCGAACUUCUCAAUGUCUCGCCGAGUCUUACGGUGUUACAGAUCGUAACGCUUUUCGAGAUUUUGCUAUUCAUCAAAACGUUCCGUCGGAGUGCUCGGGCAAACUUCUUUGCAGCGCUGACAUAGAAUCGCGUUUAAGUGCAAUGCCAGACGUAACGUUGGCGGUGAAAACGGAUGUAGAACAUAUGACGGGCGUCGAAUUGAAAGCGAGAGAACACGUAAACGUUAUUCCCGAUAUUGCUAAUACAACCGAACGUAAACAGCCCGAUGGCGAGGAAAAAAUGCCUGAAAUUCGAAUCACAAGUUGCGAGACUACCACUUCCGGCAUGCUGGAUCGUAUCUCGCAUGAUCUCGAUUAUCUUUUAAAUCGCACGCAUACCAAAGAAGAAGUAUAGACUUUUCAGGAUUUCGUUUAAAUAAACAUUCCCGUAAAUUUUCUUAUCAUCUCGCGUUAUGAUAGCGCGCUAUUACUUCCGACUUAUCGGAGGUUCAUUAUAUAUUUGAAAUCGAGCACGUUCAUUUUUCUAAAAUUCGUGUGCCGAUUGUUCUGACGAUACUUUGGACGAUGAACCGAUAAUGCUUGCCGCUUUAAAUUUAAUUUUUCCUAGCGUUCUUAUGCGUAGUAAUUAGACUAAGUAUACAUUUGAUUUCUACAGAAGCAUAAGUCGUAGUGAAACUCCAUACGACGUUGUUGCACAAUGUAUAAUGAUUUUAUUUCUGAAAGUAAAGACGUCGUGAAAUUUGUAUUAUAAAAAUAAAAAGGAAAAAAAGCGCGCUUAAGGUCAUACUCGAGAUCAGAGUAGCCUUUCAUCGUGAUACUCCAUCCAUACACCAGUUUUCUAUAAGUAACGCGAUAAUUCUCUUUAACUGUAAAGAUCUAAGAAUAAAUCUUUAUAGCACAA